AUGUUAGGCCCCCAGUGCUGUGAAAAUCCACCAACCCUCAGCCCAUCAUGUGGAGCAGGGAGUGUACAAGAAAUUGGAGGACUAAAAUCAUAUGUAAUUGGAUCCCAAGAUUCCAAGGUUGCCAUUCUUCUAAUUGCUGAUGCCUUUGGCUAUGAAGCUCCAAAUUUGAGGAAGCUUGCAGACAAAGUUGCAGCUUCUGGGUUCUUAGUAGUGGUUCCCGAUUUCUAUUAUGGUGAUCCAUACGAUCCUGAUAGACAUGGAUUUGAGCCACACUCAUGGAUGAAUGCUCAUCCCACGGAGAAAGGGUGUGAGGAUGCUAAGGCAGUAGUUUCCGCCUUGAAAAGCAAAGGCGUAUCUGCAGUAGGAGCUGCUGGUUUUUGUUGGGGAGGGAUGACUGUGGUGAAAUUGGCAAAAUUUGAUUGCAUUAAGGCUGCAGUUGUGUUACAUCCUGGUCCAAUAACAGAGGAAGAAAUAAACGAGGUGAAAUGUCCGAUUGCUCUAUUGGGAGCUGAGACCGACCAGUAUACUUCUCCCGAGCACCUAAAACACUUGGGAGAAAUAUUAUCAACAAAAACCAUUGAUAGCUAUGUGAAGAUAUUCCCUGGUGUUGCACAUGGAUGGACAACUCGAUACAAGGAUGAUGAUGAAUUUGCUGUUAAGAGCGCUCAAGAGUCUCACUCCGACAUGCUGAACUGGUUUACCAAACACAUUUGA